AUGCCCGGAAAAGAGAUAUCGAGUACCUGUAUGGAUUGUGGGGAUGCUGAGUCCAUAUUCACAAUCCGUGCCCGUCAUCGGUGUCGAGAGUGUUUUAUACAAUUUGUUGGAUAUAAGGUUUUUAAACGGACAGAAAAGUAUCGUCUAAGAAGAGAUUUGCCCAAGACCGGGCCGCUGAGGAUGCUUUUGCCACUUUCCUAUGGCUUGUCAUCGUCGACCCUGCUUCAUAUGGUGCAUGCUCAAUUAGAAGAGUCGCUGGCAAAAUCACACCCUCCUCCUGGAUUUGAUCUGCACGUCCUUAUUGUCGAGCCUUCGAGUAUAUACCCUUCGGCUCCUUCGCAUGACGAGGCUUUUGAUCUCGUUCAACGGUGCUUUCCGCGCGCAUCCUUUACGCGACUUGCUUUGCAUGAUAUUUUUAAUAUUGACCCCGAGCUACGGGAUGUAUUAUCCAAAUUCGCCGGCAAUAAUUUCGCAGACGAUACAUCCCUAUCACACAAAGAACGUCUUGAUGCAUUCAGAGCGUCAAUCACCACCGCUACCUCUCGGGCUGAUAUCGACUACAUCCUAUUGAAUAGGCUCAUAAUUGCGUUUGCCAAGAGCAUCGAAUGCUUUGGAAUUUUAUGGGGAGACUCCGAUGGUAGACUUGCCGCGAAGACCCUUGCGAAUGUGGCCAAAGGACGUGGCUCUGCAUUGACGUGGCAGGUGUCUGACGGGAUGUCUCCGUUCGACCUUGAAUUCAAUUUUCCUCUCAGGGACCUAUUUACCGCGGAAUUACAGAAUUACUCAAGCCUGUUCCCGGAGCUUUCCAACAUUAUUAUGCCGGAUACCCCUCCUUCUGAAAACAUUCUGACGAAAAAUCUGUCUAUUGAUGAACUGAUGGUUCGUUAUGUUACGACGCAGGGUGAGAAGUAUCCUGGCGUUAUGUCAAAUGUGACGAGGACCGCAAACAAGCUUCAGUCGUCCCGAAUGCCCACGGAUGGGUCCCGCUGUGCCCUCUGCCAAACUUACAUUUGCAAUUCAGAGGGCAAACCAAAUGAAGUCCAAACACCUAAUGGUCUUCAGGAUGAACCGUUCCGUGACUUUUGCUACGCUUGUAUUCGAUCUCGCCCUGAACUAAAUUAA